UACUGUAUAUUGAGACAUAUUUUACAUGUCUUAGUGAUUAUAAAGAAUUAACUUAUUCUUCAGCCUUGCUAACGAUGUGUCAUUCGAAGUUCCUGACACACAGAAUCUGAGUUUUUUGAACUUGUGCAAUGUGGAUAACAGUUCGGCUUUCAAUAAUCUGUCAUCAAUAUUGACACAUCAGCCUUGCUUUGAAGAAAGUGGAAACACCUCUCAAAGUUCAUCAAAAAAACCAUCAUUAGACUCGUUACAAGAAACAUGCAAUCAGAUUCUGGAGAAUCAAAAGAAAAUGUGCAGGUACCUUGUUCGCCUGGAAAGGCGAAUAGAUGGUAUGGAAGGGCAAAACCAGGUACCAGUUGACAAAAGGCCUCUGGUUCAAAUUGACAACAGGGAAGAACUUGAGCUUUGUGAGGAACGUUUGGGAAAUCCUGAAGACUUCACGGCAAUGAAACAACAAAUAUCACAAAUUGGCGGGGUGGACUACAGAGAUGCUGUACGUCUCGCAAUGAAUAGGAUCUUCACCACUACAUUCAUGGCGCAAGCCAAUUUAAAAGGCAAGAAAGACAAAGUCCCGCUGGAAGGGAAAUUAAUUUAUAGAAUUAUAGUAGAAUCUGUCAACGAGCGUUUUAAAGAUGCGAACGAACAAGAGAUGAGACGCAUAAUUGGAACCAAACUUCGAAACGCUCCCAGUCAAAGGAUCAGGGACAUAAGGGGUACCUUAAAUGUAUAAAUUUCCAAAAAACAAAUAAAAAGCCCUUUCGACUUACCUCA